AUGUGGUUGAAGACAGCGACAAUCCUUUUGUUAGCAGCUAUUAUAGCGGACGCUACAAGUAAAUGGCAUGAAGUACAACGAGAUGCAUGCAUUGAGACGAAGAAGAAAAUUGUCAUUGAGAAGUCCAACCCUUCUCUAGAGACAUGUAAGAAACUAUGUGAUGACGAGAAAUCAUUUACGUGUGGAUCCAUUGACUAUCUGCCCGAACACAAAGGCCCGUUGUUUGGAAUCUUUAAAUCAAAUGCAAUGUGUCAUAUUCACGAAAACUCGAACGACGCUAAACUGUUUAACCCCUGUCCUAAUCGUGAUGGAUGGGACCAUUAUGGGAAAAUUAUAGAAAAGAAGCUCGCUACGCAACUCCCUAAAACUACCACCACAACCCGUGCACCAACCAGUACCACAACAACCCUUGUAACAAAACGUACCACAACAACUCGUGCACCAACAAGUACCACGACUCGUGCGCCAACCAGUACCACAACAACUCCUCGGACACAACGUACCACAACAACUCGUGCACCAACAAGUACCACGACUCGUGCGCAAACAAGUACCACAACAACUCGUGCACCAACGACCACAACACGUAGACCAACAACCACUCGGCUCACGAAACAACACCUCAAAACCAGGCUCCCUACAGCACACCCUAAAACCAGGCUCCCUACAGCACACCCUAAAACCAGGCUCCCUACAGCACAUCCUAAAACCAGGCUCCCUACAUACAGUCCAUCCUCCCAUAACACUUCUUUUGUUCAAAGUCUCGGAGAAGGUGCCGUCAACUGUACUAGCGACCUUAACGUCAACAUCCUUGUUCCUUCCUCAAUUAUCACAAAAGAAAAUCUCAACACUGAUCGACCAUUACAUGUUGAGGGCAACCCCGAAUGUAAGAUUACCUACAAUGGAGGCCUCGCAGUAUUCACUGGAGAGAUGUCCCUUACAGAAUGCUUCGAGCUAACUGAAGAUCAAAAUAACAUUGUUUAUGAAGCGAAACUCAUUGGUGGUAGUACACCCGCUCAGAAUGGAGUCAUCAUUCGCAAAAGUCAGUUUGCUUUAGACAUCAAGUGUAAAUAUGACAGAUUGGCUGAAAUAGGGCCAGCUAGAUUCGUCGCCACAAGAGGGAAAGUGUCGUACAAAGACGAGGAAAUGGGAGAGUUUAAGUUUAGUCUGAAGCUCUAUGAAGACUCAAACAUCACAAAACUUGUGUCAACUGAGAGAGAGAUUACUACGACUGAUAUGGUAUAUGCUGAUUUGAGAAUGACAGAGAUUGGUUCUGCUGUUUUGAAAAUGGGUAUCCAGGACUGCUUUGCCUCCCCUAGUGAAAAUAGGGAAAACGCCAUCAACACGUAUCCUAUCAUUGAAGACAAGUGUUUUACUGAUGAUACCGUCGUCAAGGUAAUGUCAUCUGACACACGGUAUGAAUUUGGAUUCAUGGCCUUCCAGUUCACUGGAGACAUCAAACAGAUCUACCUCCAUUGUAAGGCCGCUGUGUGCAAAGCUAAUGACAAAACAGGAGCAUGUGACCAGCCGAGUAAGAAGUGUGAAGGCAAAAAGUUGAAGAGAAGUCUAUCAAAUACGACAACUGCUGAAAUCUUUGGAAAAAGUCACCUGGUCCAUAAAAGAAGCGUCUACGAGGCAGCAGCAACCCAGGGCGUGAUAGCACAGGACAGAAUGGCUCGGAGCAUCCCUAUAACUAGUGACGCAAUCAUGUUGGAACAGCCUGAAAGCUCUUUCUCGAUUAAAGAGGCUUUUGGUAAAACCUCAUGGCCCAUUGCGCUCAUGUGUAUGGUAGGCCUCGCUUUGAACAUCACCCUUGUUGUGGCUCUAGUGGUGCGUAAGAUCCGCAAGAGGAUACCGGCUCCAUAA